AGCCAUGGACUGGUACUCCUGGCUGUCAAGAAGCAGCCUGGAGCCGUCCCUGGUCUACGAGUACGGUCUAGCCUUCGCUCGCAAUGAGCUGGAAAAGGAGGACUUAAGUCACUUCAAUCAUGAGUUUCUGCAGAGUAUGGGCAUCUCAGUGGCCAAACACAGACUAGAAAUCAUCAAGCUUGCUAGGAAGGAGGUUGGUGGAAGCAGAAGUAGCAUUUGGAAAUUCAUAACCGCAAUCAGCAAAACCAAGAAGUGCUUUACUGGGACCAUCAGCAGAAAGGUUUUCAACAAGGACUCCACUCGAAUCACAGUGCAAGAGCUGACGCCGUAUAGAACGCAAUGGUCCGGAGCAUUGAGGAAGCAAAAUAGCGCCAAAGAUUGCAAGCAAGAGAAGGUGACGGCGACAAAUACAAGGGCAAUGAGGUCUGGACCACUGGACAGGAGGGUGCAAGAGAAGUUGAUGGUCACAACAAGUAGGAGUUUUAGUAGUGUUUCAGGUCCUCUGGAUGGCAAGAAGGAUGAGAAUAAUAAUAAUGUUGUGUUUACAUAUAGGAGGAGCCCAAACAAAUCUGGGCCUUUGGAUGGAUAUGGAAGGGCUUUGAGCCCAAAGGUUAAUCAUCAUCAUUAUGGCAACGAUAAUUUGCAUGCUAAUAGUGAUGGAGUAGUUCCUUCACUAUGGUCCUUAAUGUUUCAAGACUUGAAACCCACUUGAAGAAUGUGCUCUUUUUUGUGUUCUGUUUUUUUUUUCUCAUGUUUGGUACGUGUAUAUGUGCUGACUGCUGAAUAAGAUUUGUUUUUCUUCUAUGUAAUGUAAUGUAUCAUAUAUAUAUGAGAGUGUUACUUGAUAUGAGAGUGAUCAAAUGAUGAAAUCAAUAACAACAGGG